AUGACUCAGGAGCACUGUGACGGGUGCAACCCGACAAACCUAAGCUCCUUGUACUCCACCAACAGGGACCAGCACCCAUACCCCGAGAAUCAAGUGGAGGCCAAGAGGCAGUAUGGAAUCCUUGGUAUUACUUUCAAGGCACAUUUAAACUUUGGUGCAGGUGGGAGGGUAAUAGAAAAAAGAGGUAACUUGGUUACAGUAGUGUUAACUUGUAUGAUUUUGCUGAAGAUUUUUACACCUCAGCAAGGUGCAAAAGCAGGUCAAGAAGUUGAGAGUCAGCUAAGGCGGCGGGAGAAAGUAGCAACAAAACCUCUAGGGGGGUUAGCCGGCUUUUUCGAAGUUGGCGGAGCAGGAUAUUCACACGCAGAUCUGGCUGGCGUCCUGCUAAAUGCUAUGAACCCCUUGUCUCCAUAUUUAAAUGUGGAUCCAAGAUAUCUCCUACUGCAUACAGAUGAGUUUAUUUUACCAACUGGAGCUAAUAAGAUCAGGGGAAGAUUUGAGCUAGCCUUUUUUACUAUUGGAGCAUGUUGUAUGAUGGGGGCUGCAUUUGGGGCAAUCAAUGGCCUUGGAUAGAAGGAAACCUAGAAUAUGCCCUGGUCCAAAUCAAGAAAUGUCCAGAUUUUGAAUAUGGUGACUAGGCAAGGGGCUCUUUGGGCUAAUACUCUAGGCUAUCUGGCUUUGUUCUAUAGCACAUUUGGUGUCGUCAUUGAGAUAAUAAGAGGUGCAGAAUGUGAUCUCAACACAGUAGCAGCUGGAACCAUGACAGACAUGUUAUAUAAAUCUACUGGUGGACUUCGAGGGGCGGCACGGGGUGAUCUAGCAGGACUAACACUUACCAGCCUCCAUGCACUAUAUAAUAACUGGGAGCACAUGAAAGGUUCCUUGCUCCAGCAAUCUCUCUGAAGAUUUUGCCAACUCAUGGAUGGAGGACACUUUAGUCAUUCACAUCA